AUGGCAGGACUGGACCCCAACCGUAACACUCGAUAUGAGUACACUAACGCGGCACUGUCCAAGCCAGCCCCUGAAGAUGCGGACCCCAAGUGGAUGGAGCUGAACAACACGCUCAAGAACCUGAUGGAGAAGCUCAUCAACCACGAAUCCAUGCGUGAAAAUGCACAGCAGCCCUACAUGACGCCAGCUGCCAGCAAGAAUCAGGUCUACUUCGUAUGGGAUUUCGUUGGCCGUACCCUGGCUAUGAUGGACGCCGUCCCCCCACAGCUCCAGGCCAGCCCUCAGUGGAGCCCGGCGGUCGAGAAGAUGUGGAAGGGCGAGAUCGUCGGCAGGUCUACCGUGGUCGCGGGCCUGAUAUCUGGCGAUACCAGCGGCGACCCUAAGCUGAGCAUGUUGAUCCGGUCAAUGAAUCCGAGUCAGUCUGGAUCGCAACCCGAGUUCGGUGUUGAGAUAAAGCAGUUAGCCAACAGGCUGCAGGAAAUUCGCGCCUAG